UGAUCGCUGGCGGCUCGCGCCCCGGCGGAGCGGCGCUCUAGAGGCUUCGGCGCGCGGCCCAUGGCGCGGCGGCGGCGGCGGGCCCGGCGGCUGCGAGCGGGCGGCCCCGCCGCGGCCCUGCCCCGCUGAGCGGCCCUGCCCCGCCCGGCGGCCCUCGCCAUGGAGCCCGAGACGCUGGAGGCGCGCAUCAACAAAGCGACAAACCCCCUGAACAAGGACCUGGACUGGGACGGUAUCAAUGCUUUCUGUGAGCAGCUCAAUAAGGAGCUAGAGGGUCCUCCACUUGCUACCCGACUUCUUGCCCACAAGAUCCAGUCUCCGCAGGAAUGGGAAGCUAUCCAGGCCCUCACGGUGCUGGAGUCCUGCAUGAAGAGCUGUGGCAAACGCUUCCACGAUGAGGUGGGCAAGUUCCGCUUCCUAAAUGAGCUCAUCAAAGUGGUGUCACCCAAGUAUCUUGGCAGCCGGACACCAGAAAAAGUCAAGUCCAAGAUCCUGGAGCUGAUGUACAGCUGGACAUUAGGGCUGCCUCACGAGGUGAAGAUCUCCGAAGCCUACCAAAUGCUGAAGAAGCAAGGGAUCGUGAAAUGUGACCCAAAACUGCCCGAUGAUGCUCCGUUUCCACCGCCCCCCCCUCGGCCCAAGAACAUCAUCUUUGAUGAUGAAGAGAAAUCCAAGAUACUGGCUCGUCUCCUGAAAAGUUCCCAUCCUGAGGACCUCCGGGCUGCCAACAAGCUUAUCAAGGAGAUGGUUCAGGAGGACCAGAAGCGCAUGGAGAAGAUCUCCAAGAGGGUUAAUGCAAUCGAGGAAGUGAACAACAAUGUGAAGCUUCUGACAGAGAUGGUGACAAACUACAGCAGGGGCGAGACAACAGAGAGCAAUCAGGACCUAAUGAAGGAGCUGUACCAGCGCUGCGAGCGCAUGAGGCCCAUGCUUUUCCGGCUCGCCAGUGACACCGAAGACAAUGAUGAAGCUCUGGCGGAGAUCCUGCAAGCCAAUGACAAUCUGACACAGGUGAUCAAUCUCUACAAGCAGCUUGUACGGGGAGAAGAAAUCAACGGGGAGACGGUGGCUGGUCCCCUUCGAGGCAGCACCUCUGCACUCCUGGAUCUCUCAGGCCUGGAUCUUCCAGCAACAGGCCCUUCCUACCCAGCCUUGCCCACCCUUUCAGGUGGCUCAGCAGUCCCCAUGCCUGACCAAGCUGCCUCUGUCUCCUUGCUGGAUGAUGAACUCAUGUCUUUAGGCCUGAAUGACCCAGCACCACAUCCUGCCCAGGCUGGUGACAGCAGUGGCUGGAACAGCUUCCAGUCCUCAGACAGCAAUGAGCUCAGUAUCACCGCUGUCACGGCAACACCACCGGUCAAAGCAGAUGCUGGUGCAUCCGCCCCCAAACCUCCCACCAGUGGCCUGGAUGACCUGGACCUCCUGGGCAAGACUCUGCUGCAACAGUCUUUGCCUCCAGAGUCUCAACAAAUGCGAUGGGAGAAGCAGCAGCCACCCCCCCGGCUCACCCUGAGGGAUCUCCAGAACAGGAGCAGCUCUGUGGGCACCACAGCCCACAAUCCUGGUGCUCUGCCGGUGCUCCAGAGUGUUUCCCCUAACCCCACACUGCCCCUGACCUCAGAGCCACCUGCCCCUACUACGCUUCCAAAAGCUGCCACCUCACCAGUAGGAAGUACUGCAGUCCCACCACGGCCUCCUGCCACCACGCUGCCCCAGGAGCUCUCCCUGGCCAACAUCACUGUGCCUCUGGAGUCAAUCAAACCCAGUAGCAUCCUUCCUGUGACAGUGUAUGAUCAGCACGGCUUCCGUGUCCUCUUCCACUUUGCUAAGGAUGCCCUGCCCGAGAGGCCCGAUGUGCUGGUGGUGGUGAUUUCUAUGCUCAGCACAGCCCCACAGCCCAUCCACAACAUUGUCUUUCAGUCUGCCGUCCCCAAGGUGAUGAAGGUGAAGCUACAGCCUCCCUCAGGCACGGAGCUGCCAGCAUUCAACCCCAUUGUCCACCCCAGUGCCAUCACACAAGUCCUGCUGCUCGCUAACCCACAGAAGGAGAAAGUGAGGCUACGAUACAAGCUGACAUUCACCAUGGGAGAGCAAACCUACAAUGAAAUGGGGGAUGUGGACCAGUUCCCUCCACCAGAGUCCUGGGGAAACCUCUAGGGCAGAUGUUGCAGACACUACAGUGCAGUGUCCUUGGGAAGCCGGCCCUGUGGGGCUGGAGCAGCCCGAGGAGAUGGGGAGGGUGGGUGGGUGGCUGCUGCUCACGCUCUAUUCCACAGAUGGCUGGGUGAGGGCCAGAGGGAGUGUGCCUCAAGGAGUAGAGCAGAGAUGCCAGGUUAUGUUCAUCCCACAAGACUAGGAGUGGAGUGGAAAGCUUUGUGUGGGUGAACAGUUGCCUUCCCUGCUCUUCCAAAGGCAUCGCUCCCUCCCCAGUCUGCCCAGCUCCUCUUCUAGCCCUGCUUUCCCUCCAGGUACAGUGAGGAACAGGGAUGGGGAGCUUAACAGCCUCAGCCUAAGGCAAGGCCUAGCAAGGGACAGUCCUUUUCCUUGUCUGUCCCUUCUGUGAUUCCCAGCCCUUCAGCUGCUUCGUGCUCUGUGGUGCUUCCUCUUGUUCCCCUUGCCCCCUCCAUGGAGCUGGGCCCCAGUGGGUUCCCUGUCUUGUGGGAUCGCACUGGAGCUAGUGUGGAACAAGGCUGGGCAGAGACUGGGUGUCCCUCCAGCUCCAGGGAGCAGGCAGCUGCCCUUCCUUGGGGAGGUCAGGAGGGAGUGAUCUUCCUGUAUCCCCUCCUUCCAGCUGCUUACAGAGCUGUUGGUGAAGCAUGGGAGCCCGGGGGCUGGGAAGGGUUUGCACAGUGCCUUCCCAUCCCCUUCAGCUGGAGCUCCUGGGCAGUGACACUCCCCCCACCACCACCCCUCUGCUUCCCAUGUGCUACCACAUCGAGCUUUGGGGACUGCUGUGGGACUUUGUCCCACAGGGCAGCCAUGAGGGGGGGAAGUGCUGGGGGCAGUGGGCAUGCCGAGUCUGCCUGCAGCCUCCUGCCCAACAGGGAGAGGAAGCAGCACAUGGUCUUCUUCCCCCUGGCCGGGCUGGAGAGCGUGGUGGGGCAGGGGGCUUUCUCAGCUCUUCAGUGUCCUCUCUCUGUGGGGUAGGUGAUGGGCUGGGAAUCGAGGGGGAGAGUCUGGAGCCCAGCCCAUCACCAGAGGGCACCAGUGAGCUCUGUACGGAAAGCCCAGCACUGGGAGCCCAGCUCUGCACUGUGGGGCUACUGGGAGGGGGGGAACAGCUGUGCCUUGCACACCUUCGCCCGCAGCUGGGGGAGGCCUGGCUCCCUGCGGUGGGGAGGGGGCUCGCCCCAGCCGCCCGAUCACUGUGACACAAGAGCAGGGAUCUGCAGGCAGGGAGGAGACCAGGGGGUGGCACUUGCCAAGCGAUCCCCAUCCCUAAACUGGUUUUAACAGGGCCUGAUCUUAAAAGCCGUGGGCAAGGUGUGCCCUGCAUUGGCUUUCCAGAGGUAGUAGGAGGCUUGUGAGAGAUGGAGGAGCAUGGGGGUGCCUCGUGCUUUGGGAUGGGGACAGCAGGUGUCUUGGAGGUGGGUGCAGCAAGUGGUAGAGGAGAGGGGGAAGCAAGGUCUUUAUGGUAGGGUUCUGCUGUCUUACUUCCCUUUCUGGUCUCUUUUCAGGGUUUUGUAUGGGUUGGGUUUUUUUCUUUGCAGAUCUUGUUUGGUUCUUGAACAGACUUGUAUAUAUUUUCAGUGCAAAAUUAUGUAAAUGGAAGAAAACAAACAAACAAAAAGAUUUAAAACGAAACGCCCGGCGCGGAGAUUCUGCUGUAUUUAUGGGAAAUAAAAGAGUUCUUUCCUGA